AUGGACGAAUUGCUGGAGCACGUUAAAAAUACGGUCAUAAAAGACGAAAUGGACGAUGAAAUAAUAAUCCUAAAUGUCGGUGGGGUUAAGUUUGAAACCACUCGUAGUUCAUUAAUUGCUCAUCCGGAAACAACACUAGGAAAAUUAUUAAAUCCUAAAAACCCCGAAGCACUUAAACCAGUUAAGCCUGGUAGUAACGAGUAUUUUAUCGAUCGAAAUGGUCAUGCCUUUUAUUUCAUUCUAGAAUAUUACCGUACUGGUGAAAUCCUUUGGGGCGAUGAAAUAUUUGAAUCUAAAGAAUUUAAAGAAUUUCCUGUUACAAAACGAGCAAUAGAAUUGGAGAUAGAAUAUUUUAAAAUUCCCAUUGACACUGAAAAACGCGCUGCCC